AUGGUCACUCCAGCACAAACAACUUCAAAACCUGAUGAAUAUCACCCUACUCGUACUUCACGAUCAUCCACUUUAACAAUAAUCACUACGACGGAACAACUAGAACAAAAAACAUGGUCAAAUUUUUCUUCAUCGAGAGUUCCAUUACCAUUUCCACAGCCUUUAAAUAGAGAAAUGUUUGCUACACCUGAAUUUAAUGCUGAUAAUUUUUUGGCCAAUAGACGUCAUUUACCAUUGGAUGAAUUGAAGAAAGAGUUGAUUGCACAUUUAAAAAGUUUGAAAAGUGAAUUAGUGGAGAUGAUCAAUAGAGAUUACAGUAGUUUUGUGGAUUUAUCAACGAAUUUAAAGGGAGUCGAUAAGGUUAUUGAAGAGGUUGCUAGGCCUUUGGGUAAAAUGAGAGAAGAAGUAGAGAGUGUUCGAACGACACUUCAAGGCAUUAUUGAUUCACUGGAAAAUCAGUUGGCUCAUCGGGCAUCGAUACGUGAAAAAAAAGCUUCUUUGCAACUUCUUAUCAACAUUCAUGAAUCGGUACGAAAAGUUGAAAAUUUAUUAUUGAUUAGUAGUGAGAGCAAUUCUUCACUUAUUUCGAAGGAUGAUAGUGGGAAUAAUGCGAAACAAAUUGAACGCGUAGCCAUUGAAUAUAAUCAGAUGCAAUAUUUGGUCAACAAAGGAAAAGAUUUACCCUUUGUUGAUAAUAUUGGUUGGAGAAUUAUACGGAUCAAAGAUACUCUUCGCAUAAAUCUUUCUUCUGCUCUUCGAUCUGCAUUACAAUUUGUGAAGGAUCAGUCAAAUACAACACAAUCCAAAGAAAUAUUAACUCAAAUUCUUAGGACUUAUGCUUUGAUUGAUCAAACAAAGUCUGCAGAAGAAGUGAUCAGAGAUGAAUUAGUUACCCCUUUCAUCCAAGAGACAGUUAAACGGUCCGUUCUUGAAAAUCCUCAACAAAUUACAUCUGCGUCUGUUUUAGUUUCAUCACGUUCAUCUUACUCUCCUACCAGGAAAAAAACAAAACAUCGUAUUAUGGCAUCCUAUUCAAAAGAGCCUUUAUUCCUUAUGUAUAAUAGGAUAUUACAAUUUAUAAAUAAUGACUGUAGCAUCCUCCUUGAAGUUACAAGAAAAAUUUUAAAGGGAACUGGUUUUGAAAUUUUGGUAAAUUCUGUUUGGACAGAGGUUGUGGAUGCAGUGACCAAAAGGUUAUCAUUAGUAUUCAAUCCUGGAAACCCAAAUGUGUUUCACAAGAAUUAUACAAUAUCUAUGAAUUUUGUUUCAAAUAUUGAAAGUAUGUGUUAUUCUAAAAAAUCGUUAUUAUAUCUAAGGAAUCAUUCUACAUAUGUAGAAUUUAUGAAAAGAUGGCAAUUGCCGGUAUAUUUCCAGUUAAGGUUUAAAGAAAUUUCAAAUCAAAUUGAAGAAGCAUUAAAUACAGGAUUAGAUGUAUUAAUAGACAACAUUAAUGAUACACAAUAUCCAACAUCUUUAAAACUAUCGGCAAGUAAAUCAAUUAUAUUUGCCAUAGAAAGAUGCUGGUCAGAUAAUGUAUUUAUUUAUGGACUUUCGCAUAGAUUCUGGAAAUUAACCUUACAGUUAAUAGAAAGAUAUAAAAAGUGGCUUAUAUCAAUAUUGAUGGAAUUAGUUGAUCAGACUAAUGAUAAAAUAAUUAAUUCACCAGUAUUAAGACCGACCAGUGGUUCAGGAAGUAGAGGGUCUGGGAGUCCAGUGCCAGGCUCAUCAGGUUCAUUGGCUAAUGAUGCAUUAGAUGAGCAAGUAUUAAAACAAUUAGUUAUAGUGUCUUAUGAUGUUGAGAAUAUAAUUAUCAAGGUUAAGGAGAUAUAUCGCGAACAUAUUAUAAGUAAAUUACCAGAAUCCAUGACAGAUCAACCCAUAAUUGAAGAGAGUAUUUCGAAUUCACUCUCUUCUUUACAAUCUGAUUUACCAGAUUUGAGUCAAAAGAUUUCAGCAAUCCUCACAAAGAGAUGUUCAGAAGCAUUACGUCAUGUUCGUAGUAUUAUAACACAAUACCGACAACCUAAUACAAAGCCGCCAACAGAAUCUUCUUAUUUCGUUCCACAUAUUAUGAAACCAUUAGUUGUAUUUUUUGAUGUUAACAAAUCAUGUUUGAGUGAUAGGAGACGAAAAACGUGGAGUGCCAUGGUAGGAGAUGCUGUUGCGAUUCGGUUCACUGAAGAGAGUUCAAAAAUUAUGAAAAUGAAAAGAUUAAAAAAAGGACAAACCACAAGGGGAGGACUUGUUUCUUCAUUAUUUUCUGAUUCGGGUGAUAAUGGAGUAGCAGAAGAUUCUACAUUUAUGAGUGAUGAAGAUAAGAUUCGAUUACAGUAUUUAUUGGAUGUAAAAAAGUUCGGGAAAGAGUUGACUAACAUGGGAAUUGAUAUAGAAGAAUUAAAAGGAUAUAUCGAUUUGUAUAAGGUUGUUGAACCAUAUG